AUUCCCACCUCUUCUCGGUUCUAUUUUUAGGAGCGGGCGAGUCCGGCAAAUCCACAAUCGUCAAACAGAUGAAAAUCAUCCACGAGACGGGUUACUCACAGGAAGAAUGCGAACAGUACCGGCCGGUCGUCUACAGCAACACAAUCCAGAGCCUGAUGGCCAUCAUACGGGCGAUGGGCCAGCUGAGGAUCGACUUUGCCGAUCCGAGCAAAACAGACAUCGCCCGCCAGUUCUUCACAUACGCGUCCGCCACCGAAGAAGGCGAGCUGACCCCGGAACUGGUGUCACUCAUGAAAAAACUCUGGACAGAUCCGGGCGUACAGCAGUGCUUCUCCCGGUCACGGGAAUACCAACUGAACGACUCCGCCGCGUACUAUCUGAACUCGCUGGAUAGGAUCUCGCAGCCCAACUACAUCCCCACCCAACAGGACGUGCUCCGGACGCGGGUCAAAACGACCGGCAUCGUCGAAACGCACUUUAGCUUUAAGGGUAUACACUUCAAAAUGUUCGACGUGGGCGGCCAGCGGUCGGAGCGAAAGAAAUGGAUACACUGCUUCGAAGGUGUAACGGCAAUUAUUUUCUGCGUGGCGUUGUCCGGGUACGACCUGGUGCUGGCGGAGGACGAAGAAAUGAACCGAAUGAUCGAAUCGAUGAAACUGUUCGACUCGAUAUGCAACUCAAAGUGGUUCGUCGAUACGUCCAUCAUCCUGUUCCUGAACAAGAAGGACCUGUUCGAGGAGAAGAUCACCCGAUCGCCGCUCGUCAUCUGCUUCCCAGAGUAUACCGGUUCCAACACGUACGAGGAAGCGUCCAGCUACAUCCGGAUGAAGUUCGAGAACCUCAACAAGCGGAAAGACCAGAAGGAGAUCUACACCCACCUGACGUGCGCCACCGACACCAGCAACAUCCAGUUCGUGUUCGACGCCGUCUCGGACGUGAUCAUCAAGAACAACCUCAAGGACUGCGGACUGUUUUAAGGAGGUGUGUUGUGACUCUGUCGUCCGCUCUCUGUAUUCGUCCGCCGUCGCGUCGUCUGUCGACUAUUAUACACUGGAGAAAUAACGCGAGCUCGAAUCUAGGGGCAGCAGUAAGAAAGAAACAGAGCAAAGGGUGUCCCUGUUGAUAUCGAUUGUGAACGAAGAGAAAGUUUUUUACCGAAAGAUGAGUAAAAUCAAACUGGCCUUGGGGCGAUCGUGAACGGAAACACGCUUAUGUUAAUAAAUAGUUUUACACGUAUGGACCUUAAUUUAACAAUCACGGAAACGAGUUAUUUAAAAAAAGAAGAAGAUAAGAACAUAGUUUUGGCAAAUGAUUAAGAGAAGCUGAAUAAGAAGCAGAUAAAAGGGUUGUAAAUCGAUGGGAAUCGUUCUUGACAAAAAGUAAAAAAGCAGUAAAUAUAUAUAUUUUUAUAUUUAAAUAGUGAAAUAUAUGGAAUUCGCUGUGCGUUGUUUAAGUAAAGGGGGAUAACCCCCGGUUGUGUCCGCCUUGUUAAUGCAGCAAACUAAACACGUGAAUGUAAUUGUUGAAAAGCUACAUCAGAACAAACAAAAUGAUCGAUUUUUCUCGCCCAAACGAAGCGCAAAUCUGCAUUAGGAACUACUAAGUGAGAAUAAGAAACUAUUUAUACCUUACUGUUAGGUGUUAUCUAAGAGAACAAUGAACUAAGAUGACAGAGACGAAUUUAGGAAUGUGUAUAUUGGAAACAGGGCUCUCGCCAUACAAGCUAUACUACGUUCGAUUGCCCUCACCCUUACUUUCGGACUUCGGUUUCAGGAGCACGAAAAAUGCUUUCAAAUGGAACAAAUCAUAUCCACUGUGCGUAGCUAUUUAUUAUUUUACAUAGAAUUUAGACUUCCUGUCAAAGAAAACAAAAGCAUUUUGCUCUGUUUAAGUUUUAAAACUAGACAUUCUUUUUUUAGAAACGAAAUUUCUCAUUCCAGAAAAAAAGCAUUUCGGCAAACAAUCUAAACUUCAAUCAUAUCUAUAAACUUGCCACUAUUAGAGUAACUCCACCAGUAGUGAGCUAUUUUGGAUGAGGCGUUGUACUUUUAGAACCGUGCAUUUUAUUUAAGACGAAAUCUUCAGUUCUCAACUAAAAUUUUGUAGUCUGAAAUGAAAUAGGACACCUUUUGACACCAAUUUUCUCCCAAAAAAACAGGCUCAUAAUGGAUCAAUCUACACGAUUGAAAACUUACACGACACGGAUUAAUAUCCCGGUUCAAACUUUUGAAAUUGAAAUAACAAAACUGUCAAAAUGGUUACAGGAAGUUCACAUAACGAUCCUAAUACAGAAGAGGACAGAAACGUAUGCCGGUUUUAGAAAAUGUAUAACGCUUUAGAGAAAAAAACUGAGAUCAAAUCGAGUGAAUAGCCCAAGUAACACACAUGUUAUAUAAAAGUUACGACAGCGCAAGUUUUGGUUGUAUAGAAGUUUAUUUUACGUUAUUUCAACACAAUGUUAGAAUUACGUAAAAUAAACUUCUAUACAACCAAAACUUGCGCUGUCGUAACUCUAUUAUAACAUGUGUGUUGCUUGGGAGACCACUGGUUGAGUUGCCCUUAACUGUUGGUAAAAACAGCCGAAUGAAUACUUCCUCUUAAAAUUCACAGGUAACGAAUCCUCUCUCUAAGACUGAAAACUCCCAUCACCCAUGAAGCAAAGGCGUUCCGUUAUCGAUAGUUUUUUUCCGCAUACUGCAGAAUAGAGAUGUGUCCCUAUUUUGGUGAUAGUUACAGAAACAACGACGACAAUUACUAUUUAGAGAAACAAAUAUUUUGAUGCAACUCAACUAUGCUCUUUGAUGAAUUUGGAAUGAAAACUAAUAAAAACUAUAAAGCAGACCUACACUAAACAGAUACUUACCUUUUAUAAGAAGUACCGUCUGAACCUGGUGUUAAAUUUGUCUAACAUAAAUGUUCACCUAAAUACAUGGAACUACUGCUGUAUAAAACUAAUAUAUCCACUUGAAACAAAAAUGAUAAAUUAUUUUGUACUACCUGUUCGUACCUACCAUGUAUACAUAUUUUUUAUAUAUUAGAAAACAAAAUCUUCCUUAUCUUUCAAACAACACUCCUUUCUGUAUCUCAAAAAAAUACUAAGCACAAAAAAAAACGAACAAAUCGAAACAAAAUCCACCUGACAAGAAGAAUCGACUAAUUCCAGGGUAACUAAAAAAAUAUGACACAAAACGUUAAAUACAAGAAGAAGCACAAUGAAGAACGCAUAAAACAAGAAUUUACCGUUGAUGAUAAACUAAACUCCUCGUUAGAGCGCAAAACUGUGUGUAUUUUAUAGAUGUUUUUUCGCUUAUACGUAUUAUAAACCGAUGAUGACCCUAACAACAGAGUACACGCGGAAUAGUCGGAAAAGGAAUCCACGAUGCAAAAAUAUAAACCAUCAAAAUAACGCAACGAGACAAAUGCAUGCGCAAACAGUUCUGAUAAACUGACAGGAAAGAAAAAAGAUCGUACAUAUAUUUUGGACGAAGGUUUCUUAUUUAUCAAACCCCCGACUCCACCCGACUCCGCCCGUGAAUGUGGAAUCCAUUGUUUUCCGUACACCAUUGUAUAACACUGAUACACUGCUGACACUACUGACGAACUAAAAUAAAACAGGCAGGAAAUAAUGUUUUGAUAAGAAAUAUAUAUACUUGAAAAUCAA